AGCGGCCACAGGGCCCCGGGGGGGGGGGGGGCGCGGGGGCUCCGGACACCGCUCACUGCUCCUCUGCUCUCCCAUCGUCACAUAGUCCAAUGGCAGACCAAAGGAUGGACAUAUCCUCAACGAUAAAUGAUUUUAUCUCCUCUGAUCCGACCGGCUUGAUAUCGGGUUCCCUGGGCACAGGCAGCAUGGAUUUCCCACGCAAGCGGAAGGGAAGUUCAACAGACUACCAACUUGAUGGAUUUUCAUUUGAGGAUGGCAUGGAUACAGACAAAGAUGACCAGCAUGGCAGGAUGGAAUGUGCAGACCAGCAUGGCAGAGUGAAAAACGCCAGAGAGGCCCACAGCCAAAUAGAGAAGCGGCGGCGAGAUAAAAUGAACAGUUUCAUUGAUGAACUGGCCUCCAUGGUGCCUACAUGCAAUGCCAUGUCCAGGAAACUGGACAAACUCACUGUGCUGCGGAUGGCUGUACAGCAUAUGAAAACACUACGAGGUGCUACAAAUGCUUAUACAGAAGUUAACUACAAACCAGCUUUCCUAUCAGAUGAUGAACUGAAGCAUCUUAUCCUCAGGGCAGCUGAUGGGUUCCUUUUCGUUGUGGGUUGUGAUCGAGGGAAGAUACUUUUUGUGUCUGAAUCCGUCUUCAAAAUUCUCAACUACAGUCAGACUGAUCUGAUUGGUCAGAGCUUGUUUGACUACCUCCAUCCUAAGGACAUCGCCAAAGUUAAAGAGCAGCUUUCAUCAUCUGACACCGCACCACGAGAAAGACUGAUAGACGCGAAAACUGGUUUGCCAGUCAAGACGGACAUAACCCCAGGACCAUCGCGGCUCUGUUCAGGAGCAAGACGUUCGUUUUUCUGUCGUAUGAAGUGCAAUAGACCUUCAGUUAAAGUGGAGGAGAAGGAUUUUUCUUCAACCUGCUCUAAGAAGAAAGCCGACCGCAAAAGUUUUUGCACCAUUCACAGCACCGGCUACCUGAAGAGCUGGCCGCCCACCAAAAUGGGGUUAGAUGAGGAUAACGAGCCUGACAACGAAGGCUGUAACCUGAGCUGCCUUGUCGCUAUUGGCCGAUUGCACCCCCACAUAGUCCCACAACCCAUCAGCGGUGAAAUUAGAGUCAAGUCAACAGAGUAUGUUUCUCGCCACGCUAUAGAUGGGAAGUUUGUGUUUGUAGAUCAGAGGGCAACCGUGAUUCUGGGGUAUUUACCACAAGAGCUUCUCGGGACCUCGUGUUAUGAAUACUUCCACCAAGAUGACAUCGUGCAUCUCGCAGAAUGCCAUAGACAAGUGUUACAGAGUAGGGACAAAAUCACGACCAGCUGCUAUAAAUUCAGAAUAAAAGAUGGCUCUUUUAUCACACUGAGGAGUCGGUGGUUCAGUUUCCUGAAUCCAUGGACCAAAGAAGUUGAAUAUAUAGUUUCCACAAACACCGUUGUUUUUGCCAGCUCUCUCGAUGGAGGGGAUUCUGCUGCUCUGUCUCUCACGGGCUCACCUCCCAACAUGGACAGCUUGCUACAGACUGCAGAAGCUAGUUCAAAGCGAGCUCUCACCACAGUUCCUGGCAUUCCUGGUGGAACUCGUGCUGGGGCCGGGAAGAUUGGAAGAAUGAUAGCUGAAGAGGUUAUGGAGCUUCAGAGGAUCAGAGGAUCAUCUCCCUCGAGCUGCAGUUCCAGUCCACUCAACAUGACCAGCACCCCCCCUCCCGACACAUCAUCUCCAGGAGGCAAGAAGAUUUUGAACGGUGGAACUCCAGAUGUGGCCUGUGGUGGAUUAGUGCCUGGCCAUGUCACAGAUAGCUCAGGUUAUCCGUAUCCUGACAAUAACUCGCUACUAAGUGAUAACUCCCACCUGGGUAUAGAUAUGAUGGAGGAUCAUUCGUCGAGCAGUCCCAGCAGUGAUGAGGCUGCUAUGUCUGUGAUAAUGAGCCUUUUGGAGGCUGAUGCAGGACUCGGUGGGCCGGUUGAUUUUAGUGACUUACCGUGGCCCCUUUGAACACGAUUGCUUUAGCAACUUCAGCAGUGAAAAGUGCAUUAUUUUGGCAAUGGGUGGAGUCAUUCUGUGGAGCUGUACCAAUUAUGUUGCUUAUUAUUAGCUUUCAAGUAGCUACUGCUUUUAUGUCUGGAUCCAUUACAAGCCAUAUCAAAAACUAGCCAAUUUUUGUCUUGCAUUGCGGAAGUAAAAAUGAAGUUGCUGCAUUAAUCUUGAAUUAUUGUCUAGUUCCUUCAGUAUUGCUCUUGAAUAUAUUUUAAGGACUUUGUCUGGUGUUGAUGUUUUUUUAAAUAUUGUACAAUUUAAGCAUUAACAUUUUCACAAGUUUAAUGUCUUUUUCCACUCCUUGUGCUCGAUGUAUUCUGACGGUGUUUUACACUACAGAUUCCCAUGGUGCAUAUUUCUUAUUCAGUACUAAUUGUAUCAAAAUUGUCAGUGUUUUAUUCUUAUUCUAUGAAAUGAUUAUAAAUAUAUGGGAAAGUAAUGUAGUGAAAUAUUUUAAAAUGACAAAUUCAGUUUCAGUUAGUCGUUAAAUCGGCUGUACAGUUUUUUUAUAUAUAAAAUACAUCUAUAUCAGUAAGAGAG